UCUUUAUUCUAUAUUCUAUUUCUGUCUUCUCCUUCUUUUAUUUCUUCCUUCUCUCUUCUUCACAUACUCUCUAUUCACCCAUGUCGAAUCAGGAGCUCUCCGAUGCCGAAGAAAGCAAGAAACUGCUCGAAUCCAAGCUUCUUCCAAGACCCAUAUCAAGAUUCCAAGAUCAGUGCAAGAUCACAGUUCCUGAAGAUCAAAACCCAGAAGAAAAGAAAGAAGAAAGAGAAGAAACAUCUCCCUCUUUAGCUUCUAAAGAGCAUGAAAUACAACAAAAGGACGAGAAAAAACCUGAAGAAGAAGAAGAAGAGAAUGAUGGAUAUCGAACGCCGACAUCUGAGGAGCACAAAAUACCAGUACUGCAAGAAUGCCCACCUGCACCGAAGAAACGGAGAAUCGAAUCGCGGGUUGAGAGAAAAUCAUCUUCAGCUCAUUUCCAUGAGAUGAAGGUUUUCGAUACUGAAUUUUGGUUAUAUAGCCCAAUUUUCUUAGAGGUGGAACCCACGAUCAAGAAGGCCAGAAGGGGUGAUACUAAAUAAGAUUAUGUUUUUUUCUUUUCUUUUAGGCUGUGUUUGGUUGCAACAAAUAUCAUGAUAUUUCUUGAUUUAUCAGUCAUGUAAAAAUUUCAUGAUAUUUGGUGCAACCAAACACAACCUUAUGUAUUAGUAAGUAUAUCAAUAUUCAUGUGAUACUCUUUUUUCUUUUGAAUAGUAAUUAGAUUAUUCUAUCAUCUAAUCUUUACUAUCACUUAAAGAUAUUAUGAUUAUAUUAUGGUGUGGAAUUCCACAUAUGAAUUCAUGCCACCAGUCAUCUUGCUAGUAAGAGUCCUACUGCUGUAUUCACACCAGAUGGGCCCCACUUUCCGGCUAAAAUUGAAUGUGGACCAUUGAUCGAUUCCUUUUAAUUAGCUGUUUUUUUUAGGGCCUUAUAUUUGUGGACCUGGCUUGCGCUUGAACGGCCUGGAUUUCAUGUUGACGCGCGCAGGGAUGAUGGUUUGGAAUUCCUACUCUCCAUAUUAUUUCUCCAUGAAUAAUGUUAUAAUUUAUUU